AUGAAUCGCUUCCAAUACGAAGUCGUCUGCCAGGUGAAACAGGAAGUGCUCGUAGGUCCCUUUCUCCCAUUUCCCUGCUCAUUCCUCCGCAUUCUACAGUAUACCGUCUACGUCAUUCAAGCAACGACCGUCCAAAACAUCCGCAGGGGAUUCCCCAUUCCGCCGGUGCCUGCUCAACUCAUGGAAGUGAGCGUCGCCUCCGAUUCUCAACCGAACGUUCACUUCAGAUGUAUUUCCAGAAGCUCCACUUCCUCCGCGACGUCCUUCAGAUAUAUAACAUUAGCGACGAGAACUUCAAUCUGACCGAGUAUUCAGUAGGAUUCGUAGUUCGUCCCCUCCAGAACUAUCCGAUUUCAGACGAACUGCCUCAGAAAUGCUGAUCAACAGAUUGCGAAUCACUUCUUGGCGUUCCGUCCCCUCCCGACUCCCCGUUACUUUCCGCAUUCUCCGUGA